CCCCGUAGGGCAACAAGGAUGGUUAGUUUUGACAGUGCUUCCAUGUGCCAUAAAACAUCAAUCCUAAUUGACAGUUAUCAGGGAUUUAAUGUGUUCAGACCUCCCGUUUUUGGGCUGUGGUCACUAAAUGAAGGGGUUGUGGACUGGGAAGACCUAUGCAUUCCUUCAAUUGGUUGGGGAUCGAGAAUAGUGACUCUGGCGAUCUCGAGAACAGGAGGGAAUGUUGACCAGGGAGCACCGCUGCGGCCGGUUAGAGGAGCAGGAACCGGAGCCCGGGGUUAGUAGUAAAAAAGCCGCAUCCGGACGUUGGCUUCGGAACGGCUGGAAGUCGAAGAUGAAGGAGCCUGAGGAACCUGCGGACGGUGGGCAUUCGCUGCCCCCGGUUUACAUCUACAGUCCCGAGUAUGUCAGUAUGUGUGAUUCCCUGGCCAAAAUCCCCAAACGGGCCAGUAUGGUACAUUCUUUAAUUGAAGCAUAUGCGCUGCAUAAGCAAAUGAGAAUAGUUAAGCCCAAAGUGGCCUCCAUGGAGGAGAUGGCCACCUUCCACACGGAUGCCUAUCUGCAACAUCUCCAGGUGGUCAGCCAAGAAGGAGAUGAUGAUCAUCCAGACUCCAUAGAAUAUGGGCUAGGUUAUGACUGCCCAGCCACCGAAGGGAUAUUUGACUAUGCAGCAGCUGUGGGAGGGGCUACAAUCACAGCUGCCCAAUGCCUGAUUGAUGGAAUGUGCAAAGUAGCAAUUAACUGGUCCGGAGGGUGGCACCAUGCAAAAAAAUUUCAUAACCAAGGAAGACCUUGAGAAAGUUUACUACUAAAACCUACUGAGGUGAUGAAGGAAAGAGAACCAGUGUUUAGCAAUAAGUCUUCCAUGUCCUUAAAAACAAAGAGAAACAACCUGCCUUUUGUUAGCUUCCGCUCUAUUAAAAAAUUAUUUCAGCAAUUCCAAAGAGAGGAAAAAAAAAAAAGACCUCUCCUUUAAGCUACAUUUACAGGGGAAAAGACCAAUGUUCCCUGAAACAAAGACUUCUCUGCCUCUUGUGCUUAGUGCACUGAGAAUAAUAGUGUGGUUUCAUGGACAAUGCCUGGUCCUGGGAGUCAGAUCUAGUUUGAAUAUGGCACUUGGAAGAGCUUAUGUAUUUACUUAUUUUUAACAUAUUUUAAUGCUUCUAAUUUACGAGAAUAACUUAAUGCUACAUCAGAAAUUGAUUCAUGAAUACUGAAGCUGGAAAACAUAAGCAAAAAAGAUCACCAUUUUACUAGGACUACACAAUAUAGCACAGUAGUAGGCACCAUGAUUCUAGAACAAAAACAAGAAUGCAAAAGUGGUAUAAUGAGGGGCUUCUGUAUGUAAGCCUACUACGGCCUGGGUCAGUUUCCAGGGGAAUACUCAGCUACCUGAUACAUCUUAUCACUGUUUUGCUGCCAAAAGAAGUGCACUCUAUAUCUUAAGCCAAUCAUGGCUGCUUUUGGGCUGUGUAUAGGUGUGGGCACACCCACACACCAUUGUUGUAACUAUUCUAGACAGCUUUCAGCUGACCGUACUACAAAAGAGACGUACCUGUGGUAAAAAUAAGACUUACAGGGAGUUUCUUGGGAUUGCCCCAAUUCAGAGUGUUUUUUAUAUGUCUAGAACCUCUCUGCAGAUGGACUACAGGUGUUUAGCCCACAAACUGACAUCUAACUAGCAUUUAUCUAUUCUAACCACAGUAUUUCCCCAUCCUGUGAUACAUGUAUAGAUUCAUAUGUGCCUUUUAUUCAUUUAGCAUGUGUUAAUUAAGAACAUACUAUAUGUCAUGUAUAUGUUUAUCAUCACUAGUAAGCAGAGGUAUAUAAAUUGAAAUGUGGUAUAUUUCAAUUUAUAUAAUAAUAAAUUUCACCUAAUAAUUUUGGGAGAAAAAUCUUCAAAAUAUCCUAGCAGGAUUAUAGUGAAAUUGACACAUUCUUUUUGAAAACUCUAGAAAUAAGAGUUAAAAGUGGGUAAAAUGUUCCUACCUCUUGACCCAGUAAUGUUAUUCUUAGCAAUCCGUUCUAAUGAAAUAAAACAAUUCUGCCCUCAACAAAUUCAUAUCACAGAGGCAAGACAGCAAAUAAUCAGAUUUCAAAGCUAAAGAAGAAUGAUUUUCAAAGAAAAUUUUGCAAAAGAUUAAUGAGGGACUAAUGCUUUUAUAUAUUAAACAUAUAAAACUAGAAAAAUGAAAACACUGGUACCAUGGGUAUAAAGUGUGACAGGUGAUAUUAUAGUAAAUCCCUCAAAGAGACAGUUAUAUAUGAGAAUUCAAUCUAUUAUAAAGCAUGUGUUGCAAGUGAAUGGGAGUGGAAAGGAUUGUUCAGUAAAUGAUGUUGUGACAGCCUGUAGCAUUUAUACUCUCAUCUCCUGUAAUAAACUAAAAUAAGUGGCAGCUGGAUUGAAGAGUUAAAUAUAAAAAAGCAAGUUUUAAAAAACUAGGAGGAAUGAAUAUUUAUCAAGCCUCUGAAGGGGAAUAGUUUUCUAAGCUUUAGGAAAUAAUGC